CGCGUCUCGGAAGCUUUUUCAGGUUCUGCUUUUUCCUUCUGCGUGCCGGGUCUUUUACGGGCAUGGCGGUCCGGGCGAGCUUCGAGAACAACAACGAGAUCGGCUGUUUCGCGAAGCUCACCAACGCAUACUGUCUGGUGGCCAUUGGCGGCUCUGAGGGCUUCUACAGUGUAUUUGAAGGGGAGCUUUCUGACACCAUUCCUGUAAUUCAUGCGUCUAUUGCUGGAUGUCGGAUCAUUGGCAGAAUGUGUGUGGGGAACAGGCAUGGGUUAUUAGUCCCAAACAACACUACAGACCAGGAACUUCAGCAUAUCCGAAACUGCCUUCCUGACUCAGUGCGAAUCCAGCGGGUGGAAGAACGUCUUUCUGCUCUGGGAAAUGUCACUGCAUGCAAUGACUACGUCGCACUUGCCCACCCAGACAUUGACAGAGAGACAGAAGAGAUUCUAGCUGAUGUACUGAAAGUGGAAGUAUUUAGACAGACAGUAGCAGACCAAGCACUGGUGGGAAGUUACUGUGCAUUCAGCAACCAAGGAGGAUUAGUACACCCUAAGACCUCUAUAGAAGACCAGGAUGAACUUUCCUCGUUGUUACAAGUCCCCCUUGUGGCUGGAACUGUUAAUCGUGGCAGUGAGGUGAUCGCAGCUGGAAUGGUUGUGAAUGACUGGUGUGCCUUCUGUGGCCUGGACACAACUAGCACAGAAUUAUCUGUUAUUGAGAGUGUCUUCAAACUCAAUGAAGCACAGCCAAGUACCAUUGCUACCACUAUGAGAGAUUCUUUGAUUGAUAGCUUGACAUGAUCUGCUCCAUGCCUGCAGAAACACUACAGGAGUGAAAGGCCAGAUUAUGAUCUUGACUGCUCACUGAAGUAAAUCCUCUGUUUAGUGUCCCUCCAGUCUAAGAAGGAGGUCUCUACCACAAUCGUUGUUUCAAAACUAUAUUAUUCUAAACCUCCUUUGGCAAGCAAGAUUUGAAUUAAAAAAAAAACAUCUUUAUGUCCCUUUGUUUUGUUAAUCUGUUCUUUUGCGUUCAUUUAUUCAUAAGAUGAUUGUUAUAACAUAAAAUAAUGAUUUAAGCAAAAAAAGGUUAUUUUUUCCCCCAGUAUUCACCAGAAUGCUGCCUGAAGAAUGCUGAUUGUUUUCUUUCAGAAGGGGCUGGUGUUUGUGUUGUUUCAGUCUGGAACUUUUCAGGAUAGCUUUCACAUAGCCAGCAAGACCAGAUUAACAUAGCUGGAUCCUCAUGUUACUAUCAUGCAUCAUUCUAUAUCCAGAAAAUAAUUUUUUAAGGGGCUGAAACUAUGGAACAUUUCAGCAAAGCCAAGCAUAUUUAUGUUUUCCAGGAGGGUAUGGUCAUAGAAUCUAGUUCAUCCAUAUGUGAAGUCACUGAAAAGCCAAAGAGAACUGUAUCUGCUUUUUAGUGGAAAGUCUUUUUCUAUCAGAGAAAAUAAUAGACUUAAAUUGAAAGGGAUUUCUUUCUGAUAGUUGCCUUCAUGCUUAUCUUUCAAUAUCAAAAUAUAUUGCUCCUUUGUCUUAAAUCCAAGGAUACAAUGUUUGUUUUUGCAUAAAAGUAGGACUACUUGCAGUUAGAUUAUUUGGAAUUGGGGAGAUUUUAUGAUAGCAACACAAGCCUUCCCUGGGUGCAAUAUAUAGUUAGCAACUAAUUGCUUUUCUUCGUAUUUUAAUUGAAAAAUUGCUAUACCUACAAAGGACUUCUGUUUACUACAAAAGUGUAAGUUAAUUUAGCUCUAUCUUAAGAUUAAGCUUAAUAAACCUUAAUCCUUGAAAUAAUUGGUGUGGACAUAGAGUUGAACUUGAAACAACAAGAGCUGUAUCAAAUUGAAGUCUGAAUAGGUUUUUUACAUUUGCUACACCAACUGGCUUUACCUUGCUUCAUACGUCAGGCCACAGCUUUUGCUUUAUCAACCCUCCGCCAAAUUAGUGUAACAGUUUGUCUGGAACAUACACUAAAAUUAUAAAAACUAUCCUCACUGGUUAUGUAUUCCUUACCAAAAUUGCCUUGUAUCUCCCAUUCGAAGUGAUGACACUUGCGCUAUAAGACUGAAAGUGAUCGAACUGGCUCUGACUCAUCUGCUCUACAUAUAGCUCAUGCAUGACACACACACAGAUAAAAGAAUGGGGUGAGCUGGAAGUAAAUGAAAAAUAUUACAUACUUAGCCUCCAACUGUUGCCUAUUGCAUAAGUUCUUUUAACAAAAGUGACCUUUACUCUCGACUCCUAGGUGUAGACUUUUGCAGUUUUCACACUUCGAUACUGUUGAGAGAAGUUAAGGAAGGCUUUUAUUUCACAGCCAAGAUUACUGAAUUUAGAUUUUCAGUACUAUAAGGGUAUUAGGGUUAGGGUGGCAAUAGAGCUAAAUUAACUUACACUUUUGUAGUAAACAGAAGUCCUUUGUAGGUAUAGCAAUUUUUCAAUUAAAAUACGAAGAAAAGCAAUUAGUUGCUAACUAUAUAUUGCACCCAGGGAAGGCUUUGACCAUGACUAAGGCUGCAACAUAAACCAUUGCAUCUAAGAUGUAACUACUGGAUCUACUGAGUACGGUGGCUUAUAGCCAGUCCCCAGCUUGUGUAUUAAUCUGGAAAGCCUUGCAUAACUCAGUGUUUGCACAUGUUGGGUAUUCAUCUGGAUGCUGUACUACUUUGUGCAAAACUCAAUUUUUUAUGCAUUUAGAAAAUGUUCAGUAAAGCUGAGUUUAUAUAAAUCAGGUUGCACGUCACCCGGGAAGUGUCUGUACUUUUAAGUGGGAAUAUAUAGGGUCAGGCAUUGUUUCCGUCAUUUGGCUGUACUUGUGGAGUAUACAUAGAAAGCUAAUGCCAGUAAACUGAGAAGUUGACAUUUUUGUUAUGGUAGUUCACAAAAAUAAACUUUAUUGCAGUAGUGUAGAUACUGUGAACUUGCAUCUUAGAAACUGACAUUUCCUGGACCAUUAAUGAGAUAAUCAGCCUUCUGAUGGAUUGUAAAGAGUUUAAUGAUGUGGUACAGAUGCCAUGACAUUUAUUUUAGAAUGAAUUUGACAAAAUUGUAGCCCUUUGGAAAAGAUAACAUACUUCCAAUAAAUGUAUCGGUCUUUAUUUCAUGAGUAUUUGAUUUGUAUUACAGAGGGGUGCACAACUUUUGUUAACUCAAGAGUUGAAUCUGGUUUGUAUGGUAUGCCAAGGUGCAUAUUCUUAAGGGGUGAGGUCAGGAUUCCAAUGUUCAAGGUUUUUUUUUUCUCCAGUGUUUUUAAGGUUCCCUAAACCUCUUCAAAGUUUCCAAGCAUCUGUUUUGCUCCCUCAGUUCCCCUCCAUAAAAAUAAGACAGGCUAAGUACUUGAUCCAUCCACUCUAGGGGCUUGUGAAAAGGGUAAUGGGUACUUUUGCCAAUUAACUUGCCAAAAACCCAGCCCAAAAACUAAGGGGAGGGAAAAUAAUACAAGAUCAUUGAUAGAAUAAUGUUGAAGAAAAGUUUAGCUGCUAGUUCAGGACAUUUAUGCAAGGAGGUCUUUUCAUAUCAGAGCUGAAGAUAGAAAAUGCCUGUUAAGUCCCAUAUGAUGCAAAGGAGACAAAUGCUAAGGCUGAAAUAAUCUAAACAGAGUUCAUACCAUAAACCAAGCACGAGCAGUAUUACUUUAAUAAUAGUAUUAGUAUUAAUACUACUAAUAAUACAUAGUAUUGCUUUAUUUGAUGUCAGGCUUGAGACUAAGUGUAUCCAUUUCUAGAAAUUGCAGCAGCAGUUCUCAAUACAACCUGGAUUCUGAAGGUGGGAGAUGUGACUCCUGAACACCAUCCUAGCUGCCAUGGAAACCUCAAUAACACUACUCCCAAUAUCAAAGGAGAGAGAGGAAGUACCUUUGAUCUCCAGGCAAUAUCAAAUCAGGAUAAAUUUGCAUUAAUCAACAGUGUGUAACCAAUAUCUUUGCAUUAAAGCCAAUGGGAGGAUAUUUAAAAAAAAAAAGCCAAGAAAGCAGGAAAACCAGGAAUAUGGUUCUAGUCACCCUACUAGUUUGAGCUGAUGGACUUUGGAAUCUUUGGCUUCUCAGUGACCAAAUUCAAUCCCACCCACAUUAUAAGUUCUCUAAAGAAGUAACAGCAAAGUUGCUUCUUAAUUGUCUGUGAAGAAUUUGCUUUUGUCAUUUUCUAAGUCUCAACUGGUUUAAUUCCAAAGUAGGAGCCAUGUUUAGAUCAGUUCAUACAAGUCUAGAAAUACAGUGAAAGACUUCUCGAUAGCAUGUGGGAACAGUAAGAUUAUUACAAGCAGGCAUAAAACCAAGAUUCACAUGUGCAACAUAAAUAGGUAUUACUCUGCCUGAAUCUUUAAAAAGUCUUUGCAACAGUGCAAUUAAGUGGCUAAAGACCUUAACUAUUAGGGCUGAAAAUGCAUAUGUGCUAUCAACCUGUGUUUCACUAUCAUAUCGCGCAUGAGGUGAUGGUGUGCUUGUAGCUCAUUUUGGUACAUAAUAUUAAUAGCACAGUGCUACUACAUCUGUUCUAUACUGCAUUUCAUGUUGAAUGCACAACAAGAGUUUAUUGUAGCCCCAUUGCUAAAAGUUAACAUGCUCUAUCUAUCAACCAUGGAUUCUGAGAUGCCCUUUAAUCUGUAUUGUUAAAGAAGCCCUUUACAAUUCCAUAGUGUGGCCUACUGGACUUUCAGAAUAUCAAAAGUAUAAAAUAUAUUUCAUUUAUAGUUGUGCAUGACUUUUCUUUCUUAAAGCUAAACUAUUUGGUAUGUUCUCAGUUACAGCAUAAAUAUAAACUAGUAUAACAUUUACUAAUUCCGAUGUUUGCUGAGGUUGAGACAGAAUUAACUAUUUCAAAAAGAA